UUUUGAGCGUGUGUGUGACAAAUGGCGUCAGCAGCGUUGGACGUAAUGGUUAACUGCACUGUGUGUAUCGUGACGUGUGAUGGCAGGACCAUUCUGGGAACUCUGAGUGGGUUUGACCAGACCAUCAAUCUCAUCCUGAAACAGUGCAGAGAACGAGUAUUCAGUCCAGACGCUGGAGUCGAGGAGGUCGAAUUAGGCUUGUACAUUGUGCGGGGUGACAACGUGGCGGUGAUUGGAGAAAUAGACGAUGAGAUUGAUCAAAGCUUAGCACUGGCCGACAUAAAAGCACAGCCUCUCAAUCCUGUCGUGCAUUAAGGCCGAGUCUGUUGAUGCUGCAGAUGUGGUACCUUUACCAGAGCAGCCAGAUUUUGCACAAUGGACUUCGAUUCGAUGAUCUUUUGUUCGACCGCGUGAUUCGGAGUGGAGCUGCUGUAUGCCGAACUAAAAACUGUUACGUUGUAAAACUGAUCUAUCUUUUUUUUGUUUUUUAUUUUGAUGAAUAUGUUGGAAUUUAAUUAAUUAUUGUU